CCUUAAAUGGGAACCUCUCUCAUCCGCUGGGGAUCUCCUCCGUCCCUUUUAAGGCGUGGGGUCCCCCUAAUCCAGGGCGUUUUCCUUCCCCCGUAGCAGGGCCUCCCCAGCCUUUAACAUGGGGGGUCUCGCUCAGCCCGCGGGGGGCGUUCCGCUGGCGGAGGAACUGCGGGCCCCCGGAGCUCCAGGGGUCGCGGCGCGGCCCGGUGUCUAUGGCAACCACUGUCCGGCGGCUGAGGCCGCAGGCUGGCGGCGCAGCACUGCAGGGAGCGGCGGCAGCCCGGGCCCAGCGAUGCCCAAAGGCAGGUUGGCCAAUCCCAGCACUGCGCGGGACGGCGCUUGGUUCCCGCACCUUGGAUUAUUCCAUAGUCAACCCGAAUCGAUCACAGACUAUAUGCUAAAACAGGUACAAAAUCCAGAAGAGGUUCAGUAUAUUGAGAAGAGAUUGCCACUAGUAUACAAAAUUCGGGAGCAGAAAGCUGUAAAAAAUCACUUUCCAUUUUCAACCCAUGACAACAGGAAUUGUUUACAGAAUGUGGGAGAGUACUUUGAUUUUAACGUAGGACGAAAGAAGGUUGAACCAGAAAGAAGGCAACAGAAUUCACAAAACUUCUGUCUAUGGGCACAUGAGUACAUUCCUAGCAGUCAUGAUGGUUUUACCAUUUAUCAAACAUCAUUCAUAGGUGAUCAAGAUACCAGACGUCCUUUUUGUAGACGAUAUCCAAAACAGCACUUGAAAAUGUGCUACACUUAUACAUCUAUUCCUGAGAAUGAAAAAAAACAUGUAGUCAAACCACCAUGUUAAUUGCAGAACUCCUUAUUUAGUAACUACUGAGACUGAUCAAUAUCCUUUCUCUGGGUCUGAACUACUCUUACCCCUCAAACACACGAUGGAAUAAAUAUCUAUGUAAAAUGGAUACUGCGGAACAUGUUGCAAAUAUUUACAGUUGGCAGGUUCAUUGAAAUUAGCAAUUAUCUUGCUGUUUGAAAAUUCUUCAGUUUUGCUGGAAACUAAAAUUACUAUGAAACAUAAGUCACAAUAAAGUAAUGAAUCACAACAUUGGGAGGUAAAAUA